AUGUUGCUGCAAUUUUGGACCUUGGUAGAUUCUUGCGGAAUUGCUGUCCAUAAUGAAGUGACUUAUCAAGCCCUAAAUCGAUUUAAGCCUGAGAAUGAGUUAUAUCGAACAUAUAAACAGACAGCUCUUGAUUCCCCUGGAUAUUCACAGGCAGGUUCUUUUUUCCCUGACUGGGGAUACAACUGUCUUGGUUAUAAUCAGCAGUCAGAAGAUGCGCAUUGGCCAACGUUUAUAAAGACAGCAGUAAAUUAUGUUCGAGAAGUAUACCCUAAAUCUGAAUUCCAUAAUAACCCUCAUGUGAAGGGGCUGAUAUCAUUCAUUCUAUCUACCAUGUCUCAUGGUAUGGCAGAUGUCAAAUGGCAUAGCCUAGGCGGGUUGUCAGAUUACUUCAUUGUAGCCUUGGCAAAUUCAGAUUUUCAUGGAAAUUUUGAAGAGGCACAUAUGGCUGCUGACACAGGUGGAGAGUUUACAUUACGGCAUUCGAGCCGGCUGUCUUAUUUAAAUGAGACGUGGAAGGUUCCCACGAGGGAUUUGGUUGAAAUAUAUAAAAGAUUAUACAUAGAUUCCUCUGUAAAGAUACCCUCAGAGAAACACAUACAAUAUUGUAUGACAGCUGCUUAUGCAGCUGCACAAAUAAAUGCCGAAUUUGGACAAUGGAUGUUUGGUGUCUAUGGCGCAAGGAGUCCGUUUUUAGUAGAAGAGUUGUACGAUUACUACAGAGGAGGUAUACAUGACAUGUCAAAAAGUGUAUCUGAAUGUUAUUCGCAAAUGAUCGAUGGCUUUGAACAUGGUAUAGCGUAUGGUCAACCAGAUGUUCUCUGCGCUAGUUAUUUUAACACACUGAGAGACCAAAGCAGCACACCCCAGCCACGGUGUUUGCACAAUUCGAUAAAGCAACUUAAAGACAAUAACAAGAUAGAAACAGAAUAUGACCCAGCCACAGGUGUCCUGACGCUAACAACAGCAAUGAAAAAUAGUGAUCGUCAAAAGGAAAGUCAGUAUGGUACACCCAUCAUUGUAACACAAAGCAUGUAUCAGGCCAUGCUUCAAGCGCCCUUUGUCCGUCUAUUUCCCUCUCGCUGCACAUCACUGGAAGAUUUAGUCACUUUGACCAUUCCGUCCUGGCCGUCUGGGGUAGGUCAUCAGACUGUGCUUGGGGACUUUGGUGCUACUGGACAGCUUGACACGGCGAUUUCAGCCCCCUAUCAUGACAAGGCAGGAACCGUCUUUAUUGUCAACAAUACUGUCCAGAGAUCGCUCUCUGGUACUCAGCAGGAUCUGACUAAACUAACCGAGACUGUUCUGGCUGGGAAAGAAGGAACUUUUGGAUGGGCUAUGGUCACGGUUGAUUUCAAUCAGGAUGGCGUUGAUGAUUUAGCCGUUGCCUGCCCCACGGAGAAUGGAGGGCAGGUGUUCAUCUAUUUUGGACAACAGGGGAUUGGUCUCUCCGAAGAACCCAGCGUUCAGAUUGAACUCCCGUUUCAAGGCACCGUAUUGGCUGCUAUCGACAUAGACCAAGAUGGACAUCUUGAUUUAGUAAUUGGGUGUCCCCUCUGUCCUUCUAAUGAUUAUCUUCAGUCAGGGAUUGUGUACUUUUUUAAAAGCCGACGUGAUUAUGCUUCAGUUCUUGUACAACCUGACAUCAUCAUCGAGAAUCCCAAUAUGGAUCCAGCCUCUUAUGACCAUUUUGGGGAAACGAUUUUACUUGUGAAAGAUAUGUUGAUAAUCUCUGCACCAGGAUAUAGCCAAGGUAGAAAACAAAGAGUAGGCAAGAUAUAUGCAUUUGAUAGAGCCAAUCAACUGAAAUGGACGAUGGUUGGUGUAAGGGAGUUUCAGCAAUUUGGAAGAGCGAUGGUGACUGAUAGCAGAGAUAUUCUGGCGAUAUCAAGUCCUUCUGAAGAAACCACCAUUGGAUUUCAAAGAUACUGGCAAGCAGGUACAGUGAGAAUAUAUGAUCUAGACAAGUUAUUAUCAUCAAACCAAGCAGUUGAUAUGGAAUAUGGAUUGAUAAAGACGUUAAAGGGAAGAACAAAUGCAGGUCAUUUAGGACAAUCUUUAUCUAUUGUCAAUCAAGAAUUAUGGGUGGGUGAACCAAUGGCUGAAAAAGGUAAUAGAUAA